AUGACCAGCAAUGACAGACACUCUACCUUUAACUCGCCCUACCGCACCGGCCAGCAUGUGCCUCUCAACCCAGAAAACGGCCAGAUGAGCGGCCUGGCGACGGUGGCCACGGCCUCUGAAUCGCGCCACGACGUUUCGUCGCCAUACUCUGACUACUCCCAAAACCCCCUGGACCGCGUCAUGAGCCCAACAUCUCGCCCGGGCGCCGCGAGUCCCCGCAUUCCCCAGAAUAACGGCGCUCCCUACUCACCUGGUGCCCGGUCCGAAAGCGCCCGGCGCCAGAGCCAAAUGGGUGAAGGCUUUGAGAUGCAGAGUCCCACGGGCGAGAUUCCCAUGCAGUCGUUCCAGGACGGCCUGCCACCAGCCCCUCCAGUUGCCAGCUCGUGGCGCCGGAUAGACAAGUGGGCCGAGGAGAACUACCCGGAGCUAUUUGACCAGCUCUGCGAAGGCUGCACGAACAAUGACCUGAACGAGUUGGAGCACGUUCUCGACUGCUCGCUUCCCAACGACGUCCGCGAGUCUCUUCAGCAGCACGACGGUCAGGAGCGCGGCGGCAACCCAACCGGUAUCAUCUUCGGAUGCAUGCUGCUCGACUGCGAAGAGAUCGUCCAGGAGCGGGACCAAUGGCGCAAGGUCAACACGGAAUACCUUUCGGCCGCCGCCGCUGCUGCUGCUGCCGCCGCUGCUGCCCGGCCGUCCCCGUUAAAAUCGUUGGACCAAUUUGAAGAUGGUACCCCCAGCGCCAGCGGUAGUGCCCGGAGCAGCGUUGAUCACGGCGAGGCAUCUUCAUCAAGGUCGGCCCCCUCGGUUGCCAGCAACGGCACGAGUUCGACUUGGAGACAGGAUCUCCUGUCCCGCCAGCAGAGCGUGCCGCCCGGCGCCAUCCAGAAGGCCUACGCGCACCCGGCCUGGAUCCCCUUGGCUCGCGACUGGGGCGGAAACAACCUGGCCAUCGACCUUGCGCCUGGUCCUCGCGGCAUCUGGGGCCAGGUCAUUAUGUUUGGCCGGGACUACGACACCAAGUAUGUCGUCGCACGGUCGUGGGCCCAUUUCAUAGCCCUCGUUGCCGACGACCUGAGCAGCGGCAAGUGGUUUAUCGACGAGGACACCAGCGAGCUGAAGCUGCGCGAGUUCAAGAGCGCGCGCGUGGAGCCCCCCUACAUGGACAUCCUGCGCUGGCGGAUGGACCAGAAGCACAACCGCCGCGCCAACAAGCGGAGAACCGUCGUCCCGGGCGCCAACGGCUCGCCGACCGGUUCACCGUACGCCAGCCCCACAGACGCUCGCCCCUCCGACCGCGGCCGGCCGCUCCAGCGCCUCAACGUCAACUCUCCGCUGGCUAGUCCCAGCCGCCCUGGAUACGCCAACAGCAAACUGAGCCCAUUAGCGCGCGUUACAGAAGAGACGUCUCUGCCCGAGCUCAACAUGGUCCUGCCUACCGGCGAGGAGUCAGAGACACUGGUCGAGGCCACUACACCACGAGCGACUCCUGCGCCAACUGCAGCAAAGCCGGACCUAUCUGUGGCAACAAAUGUUGCCGACGCAACUGCCACGGACUCCGUCGCGGAGGCCGAAAACGACGAGAACGCACCGGCGGCGAAGCCCAACAAGGGCAAGGGCAAGCAGGCUACGGUGGAGUCGGAGGCCGAGGAUGCGAUGAAGACGAUUGAGAUUUAG